AUGGGUGGCAUGGGCCAAAUGGGCAUGGGGCAGCCGCAGAUGGGCCAGCCACAAAUGGGCCAAGGCAUGGGCGGCAUGGGCCAAAUGGGCAUGGGCCAGCCAAUGGGCCAAAUGCAGAUGGGCAUGGGCCAGCCCAUGGGGCAAAUGCAGCAGCCCAUGGGGGGCUGCAUGGGAGGUCAGAUGGGCAUGGGUGGUAUGGGCGGCGGAUGUAUGGGCAUGGACGGUAUGGGUGGCCAGUGCGGCCAAAUGGGUAUGGGAGGAAUGGGAAUGGGUGGCAUGGGCGGCGGUAUGGGUGGCAUGGGUAUGGGUGGUGGCGGCAUGGAUGGCCUGCAGAACGGUACCGUCAAGUCGUGGAACGAUGAGAAAGGCUUCGGCUUCAUCAUUCCGGCCGCUGGCGGCGAUGACAUCUUUGUCCACAGAAGUGCGCUGACAGAUGGCGGCAUGUUGGUACAGGGCGGGCAAGUCCAGUUUGAAGUGACAUGGAAUGCCCAAAAAGGCAAGAGCCAGGCCUCUCGAGUAACAGGCGCAGUGCCCCAGCAGAAGGGCGGCGGGAAGGGCGACAGUGGCUUCGGUGGUGGCGGUGGUGGCGGCAAG